AUGAUGUUUUGGAAGAAGAUCGAUACGUGUCGUUUUUCCUCAAAUCCCUCCGAUCCCCAGCAUGAAAGUUGUACCAGCUUGGUCUCAAUCGAGCAACAACCUGCUACCCCUUCCCGUCGGAAGUUUUUGCAGAAAGUGACUGCAACCACCUUGGUCGUUACCGCGGCCUCGUCCGGUCUCGUGCCCGUUGAUUCCACCGCUUGGGCUGCCUCCGGCACCGAUGAUACUGCGAUUCUCAAUCUGCCAUCUCUGAAUCUUAUUCCUCAGUUCUCCACCGCAGAUGACGUUCCCAGCGACUACUUUUCCGACAAUCGCUACAUAUAUGGUUUCGUGGAACGUAUAAUUGACGGAGAUACUAUCCGAGUCCGGCAUGUACCGGGCUACGGACUCCGCCGCCAAUCCACACAACCGCUCCAACAGCGGGGCAUCGCCAAAGACACACUCAGCAUUCGCGUGUACGGCAUCGAUACUCCCGAAAUUGGCAAGAAUAAACGACAAGUUUCGCAACCUUUUUCCGAAGAAGCCAAAUCUUUUACCUCCAAACUCGUUUACAACAAAAUGGUCAAAGUAACCUUUUUGCGGAAGGACCAGUACAGCCGGGCGGUAGCGUCGGUGGAAACGGUACCACCACGAUUCCUUUCUUGGAUUCCCGGAUUCGGGCCGAAAGAUUUGUCGCUGGAAUUGGCCAAGGCUGGGUUGGCGGAGCUUUAUACUGGCGGUGGUGCCCAGUACAAUGGCAAGCGCGCGGAACUGGAGCAGGCUGUUGCGCAAGCGCAGCGUAAAAAGCUUGGUCAAUGGUCUUUAUCGGAAUCGGAGCGGGUCAGCGCAGCCGAACAAAAGCGUCUCCUGAAGCAAGCAGCAGUGACCGGCACUGCUCCGGUACCAGUGUCCCGAAACGACCGAUCGUCGGGCGCGAUGCCUCUCGCGUCGACGAGUCGGAACGGGCAGACGGGUGUCGGCGAAUCACUGCUCGACGCGGCUGUCACUGGUCUAGAGUUUAUGUAGAAACACGUAGACGACGGCCGUCUACGGCACACCAGCUAUACCGUCUUUUCCUCCUUCUCAUCUGCAAUGAGAUGCUUGGAAGAAUGCUUUGCAUUUCUACAUAGCUUCUAGAUCUAGAAACAGUUCCAAUGCAGGCUUUGACAAAUAUAAACGCUGAGUAGAUUCUAAGUGCAAGAGCUCUUUUGGU